AUGUUUUAUCCAUAUUCAUCAAGACAACCUUAUUAUUGCCCUCCAAGAGUCUAUUAAUAACCAAUUAUGGGAUAUAGACCACAAUAUCAUCCACCUCAAGUGCCAUAAAUAUACCAAUAGCCUAUAUAUUCAUCUUAUAACGGAUUCUAAAUACCAAGAGUAUCUAAACCUGUUCAACCUGCUAUGGUUAGUUAGACAAUGCAAUCACCUUAAAGAAAUUUUUAAAGUCCAACCAGAGGAUUUGCAUCUCCUUCCAGAAACAAUUUAAUGUCAUCUUAAUAACAAUCACAACCAUAAUAAAACCCAAUAUUAUAAUCGCCAUCAAGAUAAGGCUUUUAUACUUAUGAAUAAGUUAUGGAAAGAAUUAAAAAUGCUAAUACUAAUACAUAAUAAUAAUAAUAACAAUAACAAUAAUAAUAAUAAUAGUAAUAAAGUUAGCAAUCACAAUAAUAAGGUCCAUAACACUAAUAAUUAUAACCAAAUAAGAAUUAAAGUAUAUAAAUGUUUUAUUAUUUUAGUCCAUCCUUCUUAAUAGAAAUAAACAGAAAAUAAUUAAAUACCAAUAUAAAGAUAAAAUGAAAAUAAAAAUAAUAAUAAUGAUAAUAAUCAAGAAUAAUAAAGAAUUUAAUCAAAUAAAUAAUCAGAUACUUCAAAAUAAUAAGAAGAAAAUGAAGGAGAUGGAGAAUUAUAAGGUAUAUUUAUUAUAUAAACAUAGAAUUGGCAUUAUAAUAUGAAGAUGGUUAUAUUUAUAGGGGUUAGGGUUAUUCUCCAUAAACAAGAGAAGGAUUUGGUAUGCUAACUGAUAAUGAGGGAAGAGAAGUUUAUGCAGGAUAUUGGAAAUAAAAUUUUUAUGAAGGAUAAGGCAGAUUGUAAAAUUUAUAAGUUGAAUAAAUUGAUAAUGCUUUUGAUUGUAAUAAUAUGACAACUAUUGGAAAUGGUUGGUAAUCAUAUGAAGGUAAAUUAUCAAAUUAAUUUUAUUUUUAGGUUAAUUUGUAGCAGGCAAAAUGCAUGGAUAAGGAAUGCUUUUGUUAUCAAAUGGAGAAAAAUAUGUUGGAGAAUUUGAUGAUGGCAUGAUUCAUGGAGAUGGAGAAUUUACAACUUUGAAAAAUGAAGUUAUAAAAGGUAAUUGGGAUCAAGGAUAUUUGGUUUCAAUGAAUGAAGAAUGAUUAAUAUGAAUUAUAUUUUUUUAUCAAUG